AAAGUAUAUUGUAGCAACAAGGGAAGGAACACACUGCUAGAUGUAUUCCAAUUAAACCAGCAACGAGUUAAUAACUAACGUUAGCUACAUACCAAUUCUAAGUAAUGAUAUGCUAAAGUUAACGUAAACCACAAAAGAAGAAGCAAAGUAGCAUUAGCUGACGUUACCUUCGUAUCAACGUCGGCGAGACAGUCCCGACGGAACUCAUCAAAAAGCCCCCGGUUCUUCAGAUGCUCCACAAUCAUACCGAUCAGCUGUGGGUCUCCCGGAGGAAGGUUGGCCGCACCGACGUUAACGUUACCGCUACCCUCCGCCAUGCCAAACCGAAGUAAAAGAUUUGCUUGUUAGUUACGUACCUGCUGGCUAGCUACAUGGAAUGCUAGCUGAGCCGUCGGAGCUUGUAGUUUUGGGCAGUUUUCCAACAAGAUAAUAUGCUUCUCUUCUUCUUUGGGGUUUUACGGCAGUUGGCAUCCUAUGCGUUGCACUACUGCCUCCUACUGAUGAGUGGUCAAUCAAAUGCCAACAAAGACUUUUUGGAUCAGCUGCGGAUGCAGGAGCUCUAUGACCGGAGAAAUGAGGACGGCUCCUCUGACCCCAACACCUACAUUGACCCAGAGGAUGGGACUGUGUAUGACUGGGACCAUGAAAAGAAGGCCUUUUUCCCUCAAAUAACAGAGGACUUCAUUGCAGCCUACCAGGCCAACUAUGGCUUCACUCAGGAUGGCCAUCCAGAUGCCAACAACGCUGCAGUGAGCAGCUCCAACCCAGCAGCCUCAGAACCAGACAGCAAGCCCUUAGAAAAGGAGAAACCAGAAAAUGCUACCCAAAACCCGGACCCAGACCAGGAUGAAACUGCAGCUAAAGAAGCCAAACAUAAAGGGGAGAAGAGGAAAGCAGAUCCAGGAUGGUUUGAUAUCGAUGACAAUAAAAACACAAACGUCUAUGUAUCAGGCCUGCCUCCUGACAUCAGCAGUGAGGAGUUUGCUGAGUUGAUGUCCAAGUGCGGCAUUGUUAUGCGGGACCCCAUUACAGAAGAGUACAAGGUCAAACUCUACAAGGACAAAGAGGGAAAUCUGAAGGGAGAUGGCCUCUGCUGCUAUCUCAAGAAGGAGUCAGUGGCAUUGGCUCUGCGUCUUAUUGACGAGUCAGAGGUCCGAGGUUACAGACUCCACGUGGAAGCAGCACGGUUUGAGCUAAAGGGCCAGUAUGAUGCCAGCAAAAAGAAGAAGAAGAACAAAGAUUAUAAGAAGAAGAUGCAGCAGCAACAGAAACAGUUGGACUGGAGGCCAGAGAAGCAAGGAGAAGUGAGGAAGAGACAUGAAAAAGUUGUCAUCAUUAGGAACAUGUUCCACCCCAGUGACUUUGAGGAAGACCCACUGGAGCUGAAUGAGUAUCGCGAGGAUCUGCGGUCAGAGUGUGAGAAGUUUGGGGGGGUCAAGAAGGUCAUCCUCUUCGAUAGACACCCAGACGGCGUGGCAUCAGUCGCAUUUAAGGAGCCUGAGCAAGCUGAUGCAUGCAUUCAGUCGUUUAAUGGUCGCUGGUUUGGAGGAAGGCAGCUGACUGCUGAGCUUUGGGAUGGAACGACAGACUAUCAGGUGGAAGAGACAACACGUGAGCGGGAGGAGCGACUGAAGGGUUGGUCUACUUUCCUGGAUGGAGGCAAUCAGGGCCAGCAGAACAACACCUCCAAGCCAGCAGAGGGCAGCACCACCACUACAGAACCCACAGAACCCUCCAGCACCACGGAGCCUGAACAGCAUCCAAAAACAGAACCACAGAAACAGGAAGAGGAAAGGGAAGCAGACUCUACAGACAGCAGCCUGGCAGGAAGUGAUGAUGAGGAAGCCUAGAUACUGCACAUCUUUGGUCCCUAUGGCAACCGAUUAGGACAUUCCUGCUUAAUUGUGAACUGUGGCAAACCUCUAUAUUGAGCAGGCAAGGAGGAGGGAGAGGAGGUAUUUUGACAGUUGGAGCCGUUUUGUAAUGUAGAAAAAUAAAAUUAUGGUUUUUGUCUACCCUAUUUUCAUCAUUUAGGUUGACAGUGUAAUUAGACCUGCACUUGUCUAGUAUAGCCCACCUUUUGCUGAAUUUCAGUGUGCCAGUUCGUUUAGUUUUGUGCUGAUAACCCUAAAAUAUGAAUGAAUUACAAAAGACACCAGACUGAAACUGUGUGGGAUUUGAGUUGUAGAAAAUUGUUCAGCUUUAGUGAUCAUAACACUUUAUUUUAAAUGAUAACAAUUCACUCUGGUUUGUUCUUUACUUCUUGGAAUAUAGAGUUUCAAAAACAGCAGAAUUGGAACCCAAACAAAAGCUAAAUAUAUAUUGUUUAAUUAAUGGCUUUGCAGUUCAGCAUGUCAUGACCGUACUGUUGCUGUUGCCUAAGAUAGUGUCUCUUUUUGUAAUCAGGGUUUUGAGGUUUUUAGAUACUCCUCCAAUAUCUUUUAACACUACUUGUGAAAUUAAAGUUGUCAAAAGACAAUCAAGAAAAAAAUGAACGUACAGAAGAUAAAUAGUACACCCACUUAUAUAUGAAUGCAAACAAAAGUAGAUAGAUAAUGGACCUGUUUCCAGUAUCUGGAUCUCUGAGGUGGUAACUAUGGUAAUGUGCUAAGACAGACCUAAUAUUUCAUAUACCAUUUUAUUUCUAUGACAAAUAUACACCCUUUGGAUGCUCUCUUGUAAAUAAAAGCAUUGAUGCGUUUAAUAAA